UCAAUUCGACUGGUUCCGAUCCAUUGGCGCCACGCCCGAGGCCGUCGCCGUCCUGAACGAUCAGCCCAUUCUCUUCACCAUUCUCCUGAUUGUCCUUCUCGCCAUCAUCCUUCAGUGCGUCCUGCUCUGGUACAUUCACUUUGCGACUUUGAAACCCGAACAGCUGGAGAGAACAAGGAGCGUGCUUGUUGGAGAGUUUGUGCAUAGGAGCUGGGUCAUGUGGGGUGAUGCGAUUAUAUCGAUUUGAUCACCAUCGAAUUGUCGUACGAUGAACCGAAACUGUCGAUGGGAGAGGCGUCGCCAUGCUGGAUCCGACAGCAACCCCGCGGUGGAUCGAAAGGUUGGAUAAUGGGCCGAGCCAGGACUCGAGAGCUGGAUCGGUUUUGCAUGGCCGUUCUAGAGUAUCGAGCCACACUUAUUAGGAUGCUCGGAUGUCACAGGUUGCAUUCGACGUUCAUUUUUCUUGCACAAUACCAUUGCAUAUUAAAUUGUCAGGCCUCCAUCAAAUACUGGCGGAGUGUUUAUGUUGAACAACCUCCGACUCCCUGGGACGACGUUAAACUGCCCAUUCAUCCUCGGAAUGGUCCUCCAUCUCGAUUUCUUCCAAGAGCAUGGCCGAGUACCAGCGGGUUUGCGACGGCUCCCAAGAAGUAUCGUCAGAACCUUCAACGCUUCUGUCAUCGUUUCGUGAGCCACUUUCAGCAUCAUUUUCCCUUUCCAUUUGUGGCUGUGGAAUUGCGUUAUCUCCCCCAAUCAUGAUAACAUGACAAUCGCUGUGAGGAAGUGGUGAUAUUCGCUCUUGGAGUCCGCGUGUGUUGUCAGGCGUCGCGGAUUGCUCUUCCCCAGAGUCAA